AUGAGGGAAGGCCAGGCACAGGCACGAGAAGACUCGGGUCUUUGUAUGCAAGAUUCGGGUCUUGGAUGGCUCCACACAGUUCUUGGAUUCACCUUGUUCAUGUCAAAGACACUGGCGAUGUCUGGGAGUUUGCAACAUGUUCUGAAUCUACAAGCGGUAGACGACAAGCCUACUGAAGAUGCGGUAUGGUCGAGCGUUUCCACUAUAAACACAGUUAAAGAGCCAACGACAGAAGCAGGUAAGUAA